UUCCUCAUUCUCAAGUGUGUUAUUUAAUAGCUAGCUAGUUCUUUCAAGCUCAAAUUAUCUUGGCCUUUUAUUAUUUCAUAAAUCUCUUUGUUUUAGAGAUUUAUAUAGCAGAUCUAGCUGGCUGGAGAUAACUCAAAAUGGCUUGCUUGAACGUUUGCAAAGGACAGGUUGUUGCAAAGGAGAGGAAGAAGCAAAAGAAGGAAUGUUGGGAAGCGUAUACCCAGGAUGGAAGCGUUGAUAGGCAUGGCCACCCUGCAGUUAGAGGGAGAACUGGAUCUUGGGUAGCUGGAAUUCUGAUUCUUGUGAAUCAAGGAUUGGCAACAUUGGCAUUUUUUGGGGUGGGAGUGAACUUGGUUCUGUUCUUGAUAAGGGUGUUGGGGCAGGACAACGCAGAAGCUGCAAAUAACGUCAGCAAAUGGACAGGGACGGUUUACCUUUUCUCACUCGUUGGCGCUUUCCUAAGUGAUUCCUACUGGGGAAGGUUCAAGACUUGCGCUAUCUUCCAAGCCAUCUUUGUCCUUGGUUUGGCAUCAUUAUCACUAUCGUCAUACAUGUUAUUACUCAAGCCUAGAGGGUGCGGCGAUGGAGAAUCUCCAUGUGGUCAUCAUUCAUCCUUUGCGAACGCAUUGUUCUAUGUCUCCACGUACAUGAUUGCCCUAGGAAACGGAGGGUACCAGCCCAACAUAGCCACAUUUGGGGCAGACCAGUUUGAUGAGGAGGACUCUAAAGAAGGGCACUCGAAAAUUGCUUUUUUCAGCUACUUUUACUUGGCGUUAAAUCUUGGCUCACUUUUCUCGAACACAAUCUUGGGCUAUUACGAGGAUAAAGGGAUGUGGGCACUGGGAUUUUGGGCAUCUGCCGGGUCAGCAACCUUAGCAUUAAUCUUGUUCCUUUGUGGCACCCCAAGAUACAGGCACUUUAGCCCCAAGGGCAACCCUCUCUCUAGGUUUUGUCAAGUCGUCGUCACCGCGGUGAGGAAAUGGAAGGUCGAGAUGACGCCAGGUGGCGAUAAUCUGUUUGAGAAUUGUGAAAAAGAGUCCUCUCAAAAUGGUGCGAGAAACAUACUCCACACAGAAGGAUUCAAAUUUUUAGAUAGGGCUGCAGUAAUCACAGAAAAAGAGCUCGACAAAACGGGGAAGAAUCCAUGGCGUCUAUGCACAGUGACGCAAGUUGAAGAAGUGAAAUGCAUCCUAAGACUACUCCCGAUUUGGCUCUGCACCAUACUCUACUCCGUGGUCUUCACCCAAAUGGCUUCCCUCUUUGUGGAGCAAGGCGCCGCCAUGAAGACCACCGUCUCGGGCUUCCACAUCCCACCCGCGAGCAUGUCGAGCUUCGACAUCCUCAGCGUCGCCGCCUUCAUCUUCCUCUACCGCCGCGUCCUCGAUCCCUUGGUCGCCCGCGUAACGAAAAACCCUAGAGGGCUGACGGAGCUGCAGAGAAUGGGGAUGGGCCUUGUCAUAGCCAUAAUGGCGAUGGUAUCGGCCGGAGUCGUCGAGUGUUUUAGGUUAAAGUACAAAGUAGUAGUAGUAGAAGAAGGAGUUGGCGAUCAUCACAAAAGCCCUAGCUCUCUGAGCAUUUUUUGGCAAGUUCCUCAAUAUGUUCUUAUAGGAGCUUCCGAGGUUUUUAUGUAUGUUGGGCAAUUGGAGUUCUUUAAUGGGCAAGCCCCGGACGGGUUGAAGAGCUUCGGGAGUGCACUUUGCAUGACUUCUAUAUCGCUUGGGAACUAUGUGAGCAGUCUUUUGGUGACGAUUGUUAUGAAAAUCUCAACUAGAGAUGAUAUGCCUGGAUGGAUCCCGGGGAACCUCAACAAGGGUCACUUGGAGAGGUUUUACUUUCUCUUGGCGGCGUUGACGGCGGCGGAUCUCGCGGUGUACUUUUUGUGUGCCAAGUGGUACAAGUACACCAAGUUUGAAGGAAGAAAUGUUCAAGAUCCUGAUAGUGCCACUGUGCAAUUGGCUGCUGAGCUUCGAGUUUGAGUGGAAUUUUCAGGCGUUGAGGAAUUUUAUUUUAUUUUUGUGAAUUUUUGCACAAUAUCAUGUUGGUUUGUUGGAGAAUAAGGGAAGAAGAAGAGGGAGAAAUCUGGAAGAGGCCAAGUGGGCGAUGGAUGAUCAUCAUGUAGUAUUUGCUUAUGAGCGCAAAAUAGGGAUGUCUAAGCAAUGAAGCUAAGGGAAAUGGGACUCCGUUUCUCUAAGCAGAGCACAUUGUAAGAAAAUGUAGCUAAACAUGUGUAAAUUUUUAAAUUUUGAGGCACGAUAAAAAUAUACCAUACGGAUAGUGCACGUUUCUGAAUUAAUUGUCAACUAGUUGUUUUUCUAUAAAGAGUUAAUUAGCUAAUAUUCAGAAACAUGUACAAUCGAUAUAGAACUGCUACAUAUGCCUCAUGUGUCGUUUUGCUAUGUAAUGAAACAAGUUCCACUCAA